UGUUUUCUACUGUGUGCACAAAUGAACCCCCUAUAGCAAACGCAAUAAAUACGGGGUGUCUGGAUACUUUUGGACAUGUAAUGUAUUAUAAAGAUCAGCUCCCAUUGAUCACAUGCUUGCCAAAAACAUAGAACCUUCCUGCACUGAGUUUGUAGCUGAUGGUUGUACUGAUAGGACGCUGACGCUAGAUGGUGCUGUUGAGUCAGUUGCAGUAGAGCGUGUCUGGGAGUGCGCAGGCCGCUACCAGGCGGUAGGGUGUGUGUGUAUACGGCUGUAUUUAUGUGUGUGUACCUAUCUCGACCCACAGCCUUAAACGUGAAUAACGGUGUGAGGAAAAAUGGACGGAGUGGGGUCUUUUGGCGCUGGAAGAGCUGGGUCUGCAUUCGACCCUAUUUCUUUUAUACAGCAGCCGCAGACCAUUCUUAGGAUAUUAUCAUGGAUCUUCUCAAUGGUGGUAUUUGGCUCCAUAAUAAACGAAGGCUAUGUGAACAUUGGAAGCGAGCGGCUCUACUGUGUUUUCAACAAGAACUAUGAUGCCUGCAACUAUGGGAUCACCAUUGGGCUCAUAGCGUUUUUGGCCUGCAUCUUCUUCUUUCUCCUUGAUGUGAAGUUCCAACAAAUCAGCAGUGUUAAAGACAGGAAGAAGGCAGUCAUGUUGGAGAUUGGCUUCUCAGGUUUCUGGACGUUCCUGUGGUUUGUUGGUUUCUGCUUCUUGGCUAACCAGUGGCAACGUACCACACCAGACGAACUGCCCUUGAACCAGGGAGCUGAUGCGGCCAGAGCCGCCAUAGCCUUCUCCUUCUUCUCCAUCUUCACCUGGGCUGGUCUGACCGUGAGAGCAGUGCAGAAGUAUCUGCUGGGAACUGACAUGUCCCUUUUCACCACAGAACAUAUGGAUGGCAACCAAACCAUUCAGCCAUACCCCACCGGGCCUGCCGCAGAGACCACCGAUACGUACCAGAGUCCACCUUUCACUGAGAACCUGGAUUCUAAUGCCCCAACCUACCAGGUUCCAAUUUACUAAAGAGGUACCAAUCAGGAUCCAUGUGCAAUGUACCUGACCUGUUAAAACUAGUACGAAUGGAGGGAGAGGCUCUGGCCUUUCUUCAAGCUGACAUGAUGUGACACUGUUCAUAGGUAGUGCUGUGCUGUGACCUUCUGUACAAGAGUUUGUUGAUUGUGAUUUCACUUUUAUUUGGGUCUAAAUGGGUAGUUAAACCUUACUUCAUCAGGUUGAAUCGGACAGAAGUAAAUAACACCACCCCUGGGUGUGAUAGAGGCUAUCGUGGUCCUUCUAGGUCAGCAAAACGAGGAAGAUUCAGACUAGCUUUCAAGAGAUAAUAAAUGCAGUCAGCUGAACUGAAAAACGCCUUGUAAUAAAAUGUCAGUGCUGUUUAGCUAAUGGAACAGGAAAAUAUGCAUGUACAAUAUAUUAUUCAGAAAGCAAUUAAGUGCCAUGCAUUAAAAACAAUAACUUGAAACAAUACUGUAGCUAUCCAUAAUCUGGUGGGAAAACGAAGUGCAAUAUUUCGAAUAUAUUUAUGAAAGCGGUCCUUAAAUUAUAUUGAAGUACAAUGUUUACCAGUUAAAAGCUGCCAAAUUGUCUGUUUGUCUUGGAAGGAUAUUUCAGAGUGCAGUCUUCCUCAGAGAAGGAAGCCUGUGGAGGCUCCAUUGUAGAUAACCGUGUCUUACGUGUUGAAGAUUAUCUCAGUGUAGCAAGCAACCUGCCAAUUCAGUGUUUUAGUGAAGCCAAUACAGGAUUUUGCAUCUGGAUAAAGUGUGCUUUUAAUUUGAGUGUAUUUUAGUAGGUUAGGAUGUGUACAUACCACAGACGGCAUUACCCCAAGUUUACACCCCAAAGAAGGAGUCCAAAUCCUAGCACUGAUUAGCAAUGAAUGAAUUUUGAAUUUGUAGUAAUUCUUGACUAAUAGUGUUAAAGUCUCCAGUAAAGGCUCAGUCUGGCACAUUUAAAACAACUGAAACACUUUAAAGGGGCAUUCCAGGCUAAAACUAGAGUUUAAUAUAUUAUUUGUAGUGUUAUGCAGUAGUCUGUAGCGUAGCAUUGUAUCCCCUCAGCCUCAUCGGUUGCUCACCAGAGACAAGUGUUUUACCUUUUCAGUCGGUAAGGCAUCUAGCUAGCCAGGUAGCUACCUCGCUAACUUUAGCUUUUAGCUUGUUGUGCUCUUCAACUGACGAGGCAUUUCUGUCAUUCAAGUAAUCAAGUAAUAAAAUGAGUGAUUCUUUCCAUUUCAAGAUACUUUAUAAACAGUACUACAGUUAUACGGCUGUGAUAAGAUACCUAAUGUCUUAGCAGCACUGUUAGCUAUCUGGCUUCCUUCUGCACUCUUCAACUAACAGAAACCAGUAAGUCUACCGUCCCAAAAAUCCACCUCAGAGCAGUUGUAGUUUUUCAAAAGUUUCUCCCACUUUCAAAGUACGUAAUAAAGGGUUUUUAUAGUCCUUAAACCGUAAAUGUUCAUUCUAUAGACUACUGGGACACUGCUGUAGGAUACAAGUAGGCAUGUUUAAUGUUGCGAUAGCCACAUUUUUCAUUUAUGCCCGGAGUGUCCCUUUAAUUCUGUAAGGAGAAUUGUAUUAGAAAAGCAUAAAAAAUUCAAGAGAUCAAAAUAAAGUCAUCUGAUGAACAGGAUUACAAGUAAAUUAAAACUGCAGUACUUUUUUCAAGCACACAAGUCAGUUGUUAAAAUGUUUGGUGACCAUCUUCAGUGCUUCGUCUGAUACGUGGUAGAAUAUCACUACUGUUUCUGUGUUUUCGGAUAGGGAAGCAUACACAAAGUGAUACUGAAUGUAAUUCAAUACAUGACAUGUAAAUGGAAUAUGUCUGUGAAAGUGGUCAGGGUUUUUGUGUUUCCUAUACUAACGCUGCACUUAAAAUAGUUAGAAUACUGUCUGGUCCACUACAUCAAUGCAGAUUCACUACAGUCUGUAAUUGUUGGUAUAAAGUUCGCACCACUGAAAGGGUAGGACCUUCGAAAUGCUAAUUUACACAAAAAUUAACAUUUAUGUUUUUGUUAGCAAAAUUUGCGCCAGUAAAAGGAUUAUAAAUAUAGCCCAGAGAUUUUUUAUUUAUAUUAUACUGUAACCUCUGGCAUCAUAGCCCAUCCUGUGUGUUACUGCUGUAUACUGAAGACUUACUGUUGUCAACUUGAAUGUCUUUGGACUGCAGUUGUCUGACAUGAAAAUAAAAGACUUGUUUUUCAUGAGAAGAACUGA